AUAACAAAAACGAUAUUAACCAGUAGCUAUUUUCAUUACUUUUGAUGUCACAAACGAAAAGAUAAGAGGUGUAACAUUACAUUGAUGUGAGUUGCAUCGCGCAGGUUCGUUCAACAUGUGGUUGAGUCCACAAUAUAUGAAAAAUAUAUCAAAAACUUAGCGCUUGGUAGUUGCGGUACGUGAAAGAGAAAAAAAGAUUAUUCGUGGUUGUUUGAUUAAAAAGAUGGAUGAUAGUUUUAAAAACGAGGUUUUGUUUAAAAUUUUAGUUAUUGGUGAUUUCGGAGUGGGAAAAACUUCGAUUAUAAGGAGAUAUGCUGAAGGAACGUUUUCUCCGAAAUAUAAAAUCACGAUCGGCGCCGAUUUUGCAAUAAAACGUCUCGAUUGGGAUGAGGAUUUAAGAAUUAAUUUACAACUUUGGGAUAUUGCCGGACACGAAAGAUUUGGUUCUUUAACAAGUGUUUAUUAUAGAUAUGCAGUUGGAGCUGCAAUAGUUUUUGAUUUAACACGUCCAGAAACUUUUGAAUCAGUUACAAAAUGGCUUAACGAUUUAAAAGAUAAAAUAUCAUUACCAAAAGGACAAAAUUUGCCAGUUAUUCUGCUUGCUAAUAAAGCUGAUAUAACAACGGGUAGUUUGCCACAAGAUUUAACAAUGUUUUGCAAACAACAUAACAUAAAGUGUUGGCAUUUAACAUCAGCAAAAGAAAAUAUUAACAUAGCAAAAGCUAUGAAUAUUUUGGUACAAUCUGCAUUGGAGAAUUACCACAACAAUGGUCAUAUAGAUUCUGAUGCUGUGAAGAUUCAUGAGGAUCAAACAAAAAAUAAUAAAAAAAGGUGUUCUCAAUGCUCAAGAUAACUUAGAAUAAGAAAUCUCUAUUUAUAGUUAAAUUACAAAAAUAAAUUAUUUAUGUUACAUAAAAAAUAUUAUAGGUAGUAAAUAAUGUUUUAAAUA